CACAGGCAACACCACCACUUCAGUUGCGUCCCGUGUGUCUUGGGGCCAGGCUGUGCGAUGGACACUAAGGUGGAGCACCUCUGAGAGGGAGGACUCACUGCUUCAGGGCUGAUGGGAAAACCAUUCCUGGGGUGUUCCUCUGAGGUUGCUCUGUCUCUCUGUUCCUCUCUCCCAGACUUGCCCUUCCCUCCUUAUAGCCCUCACCUUAGGGGACGGAUUCUCCCACCGGUUGUCUGAUCAGAGCUUGUCAAACCUUCCCAGUGUGGUUGUGGGCAGUGGGCAGUACCCUGGGCUGGGAUGGCUGCCAGAUCCUUUGUUUUGAGAUACUUCAAAAGGACCCCAUCCCAGCAGGCCCCCUGACUUCUCACAGGCCGACAUCUUCUAUACUAAAACCGAGCAGUUUCUGGAAGAGAUCAGGGAAUUGGCAGAAUGGUGCCUGGGAGACCUAGGAAUCCUUACUGUCCAGUCCUGCCCGAGCUCUUAGGACAGACAGACAACCUCAGCCAGAAGAGGAAAUUCCAGAGGGCAAAAUGGUGGCCACUUGAGAAGCUUCUUACUGUUGAGAGGGCAUCUUUCAAGCCAUUGUAAGCUAUAUACACUCUGCCCAACACAGAAAGCCCACAUAGUGCUCAAAUCGACACUGUCAUUUCUACCCUGUGUUGAGGCCUUUUUAUUGCUAGCAAUUGUGGUCUUUAGCAUAACUCAAAUGGCGACUCCAUGAACCUCCUUUUGUUGACCUCACUAGAUCUUUGAGGACUUUCUCAGUAUCCUAUUCCUCAAGAAGAUCAGAUGACAGAAAAUGGCUUCCUCUCUGAGUGUUCAGAGGACCCCUCCAUGGAUGAGGGAGGCAUUUACCCAGUGCCUUGCCGGUAGAUAAGCAAGAAGGAGACAUCGCUGAAAAAGUAAAGCUAAGAGAUCGCCGGAGGGGAUAAUUCUUCAGGUCCCUAAUUAGGGACCAGAUAAACUCCAGAUUAGACCACUGCAAUGUGCAAGGGUGGCAUAUUCUACUUUCUAUCAAAAGGGCUCCACUGCUCAAAGGCUUGGAGAUCUACACUCUGCAAAUUGUACCAGCCCUUCUGAAGGGGAAGGAGACUGUGGAGAGACAUCUUUAUCCAGUGCCCUGGGCUCAGCGAGGAUAAAAGGAGCAGCCCUCCUGUGCCCCAGUAUUGUACUAUUGACUUCCUCCAGCUCCUGCAAGCUAUCUGCUCAACCACAAGUCGGCAACUGAACUUCAGGUCAGGCAGUGACAAGGGCAAUUUCAGUGUGCUUCCUGCAGUGGCACCAAGGAAGCCGUGGGCAGCAUGGCUUCUUGCUGCACAGCUGGCCACAGGACUGGGGCUGGCCUCAGCAGCAGGAGCCUCUACACUCUUUCCUUCAGUGUGGCAGGUGGCAGUGCUUGAACCACAGGGCACAGCAUAGGGCAUGGGUAUGGAGGGGGUCAAGCCAAUAACUUUGCCAACAACAUGAUUGGCAGUGUGGCCCUGGGGCUCACUUGUCCAUCUGUGUGUCUGCCUGGGGGCAUCCACCAGGUCACUGUCAACAAGAGCCUUCUGGCUCCCCUGAAUGUGGAGCUGGAUCUUGAGAUCCAGAAGUUGCACGCACAGGAGAGGGAAAAAGAUCAAGGCUCUGAAUGACAAGUUUGCCUCCUUCAUCAACAAGAUAUGAGGUUGAGAAUACUCGACACACAGCAGUAGAGAACGAGUUUGUGUUGCUUAAGAAGAUGAGACCAGAAGCACCCACAGGCUCAAGUGUCUCCUGUGUCUGUAUCCUAAGCAACUCUGCUCAGGACUUCAUCCAGGACACCUGGAGAGAGUCUAGGAGCUGAAUUUUGUUGGGACCAGAGUUAUGACUUCCAAUCCAGGAGCUGUGGCUGGCUGCUGGCUCCACAGGGACAGCAUGAAACACACGGGAAUAAGGUGUUGGAGUUGAACCGGCUUAUCUAGAGGAUCCGCUGUGACAUCGCUACGGCGAGGAAGCAGAGGUGGGGAGGGACGAUCUCUGGCUCAGCACGGAGAAAAUGACUUCUUGCUCCCAGGCAAGCCAAACCCAGGAAUUAAGCUCUCCACUGCCCAUCUGCUAGCCCAACGCCAAGCGUAUAUAAAGGCACCUGCUGGUCCUCACUACAGCCAGUACAACCUUCGUGGGAUCUGCCUUCCUCCUGCAUUCGUCCUCCAUCUCUACCAACAACAGCAUGAGUCGCCAGUUCACCUGCAAGUCUGGAGCCGGCAACAGGGGCUUCAGCGGUUGCUCUGCAGUGCUGUCCGGGGGAAGCUCAUCCUCCUACCGGGCAGGAGGCAAAGGGCUCAGCGGGGGCUUUGGCAGUCGGAGUCUCUACAGCCUGGGAGGCCCCAGGAGCAUCACUCUCAACAUGGCUAGUGGCAGCGGGAAGAACGGAGGUUUUGGAUUUGGCCGGAACCGAGCCAGCGGCUUUGCCGGAAGUAUCUUUGGCAGUGUGGCCCUGGGACCCGUGUGCCCCACUGUGUGCCCGCCUGGCGGCAUCCACCAGGUCACAGUCAAUGAGAGCCUCCUGGCCCCACUCAAUGUGGAGCUGGACCCUGAGAUCCAGAAGGUGCGCGCCCAGGAGAGGGAGCAGAUCAAGGCACUGAACAACAAGUUCGCCUCCUUCAUCGACAAGGUGCGCUUCCUGGAGCAGCAGAACCAGGUGCUGGAGACCAAGUGGGAGCUGCUGCAGCAGCUGGACCUCAACAACUGCAAGAACAACCUGGAGCCCAUCCUCGAGGGCUACAUCAGCAACAUGCGGAAGCAGCUGGAGACACUGUCUGGGGACAGAGUGAGGCUGGACUCCGAGCUGAGGAACGUGCGUGACGUGGUGGAGGACUACAAGAAGAAGUACGAGGAGGAGAUCAACCGGCGGACAGCUGCAGAGAACGAGUUUGUGCUGCUGAAGAAGGAUGUGGAUGCAGCAUAUGCCAACAAGGUGGAACUGCAGGCUAAGGUGGACACCAUGGACCAGGACAUCAAAUUCUUCAAGUGUCUGUUCGAAGCCGAGAUGGCUCAGAUCCAGUCCCACAUCAGCGACAUGUCCGUCAUCCUGUCCAUGGACAACAAUAGGAACCUGGACCUGGACAGCAUCAUUGAUGAGGUCCGGGCCCAGUAUGAGGAGAUCGCCCUGAAGAGCAAGGCUGAGGCUGAGGCCCUGUACCAGACCAAGUUCCAGGAGCUGCAGCUGGCCGCCGGCCGCCAUGGAGACGACCUCAAAAACACCAAAAAUGAAAUCACCGAGCUGACCCGGUUCAUCCAGAGACUCCGCUCCGAGAUUGAGAAUGCAAAGAAACAGGCUUCUAACCUGGAGACGGCCAUCGCUGACGCUGAGCAGCGAGGAGACAGUGCUCUCAAGGAUGCCCGGGCCAAGCUGGAUGAGCUGGAAGGUGCCCUUCAUCAGGCCAAGGAGGAGCUGGCCAGGAUGCUGCGUGAAUACCAGGAGCUCAUGAGCCUAAAGCUGGCCCUGGACAUGGAGAUCGCCACCUACCGCAAGCUGCUGGAGAGCGAGGAGUGCAGGAUGUCUGGAGAAUACUCUUCCCCUGUCAGCAUCUCCAUUAUCAGCAGCACCAGUGGCAGUGGGGGCUAUGGCUUCCGGCCCAGCACAGUCAGCGGUGGCUACGUGGCCAAUAGCACUAGCUGCAUCUCUGGAGUGUGCAGCGUCCGUGGUGGGGAGAACAGGAGCAGAGGCAGUGCCAGCGACUACAAGGAUUCCCUAACAAAGGGCUCCAGUCUGAGCACCCCCUCCAAGAAAGGUGGCCGGUGAGAGGGCUUCCUGUGGCCUCCCUCACUCAGCACCCUCUGUGCCCUAGCCUAUUGUCCCCCUUCCUACCCCAUGUACCACUCCUGGGCCAAUCUCCUUCUCUCUCCAAGUGUUUUGGGACUGGAUAGCUCUGGGCUACCAUGUGGUGCACUUCUGAUAGACACCAGGAGCUUCUCAGCUUCAGCUCAGGUCCAGCCUGUCCCUUCCACCAGCCGUUGGCUCUGUCCUUACCGUACUACCUGGCUUCUUGGGUCUCCAUCUGGGCUUCUUCAUCUGCUGAGCUUUUGUCGCAGCUCCUGCCUAUGACAGGAGCUGGCUAUACCCAAGAAGAAGACUAACAGAAAACCAAUUCAGAGUGGCCACCCCACCCCACCCCAGCACAGUCUCAUUUUGAGCAGAACCACUCAGAAUAAAGGGACUCUGCCUUCACUUUCCUGAACCCAGAACCAGAGAAAAGGGGACAGCCUUGGCUUCUCUUGUAUUCCUUAAAGCCCUCCCUGUUGCAUUCUCAAUAAACAGCACAAUCUGA